CCAACCCCUCAUAUCAAUCUUCUCCUUCUCCUCUUUUCAUUUCUCACCCUUUUUUUCCUCCCCAUUAUCCCUCUCCCAAUCUCUUCCUCUUCCAUUUCUCUCUCUAGCUCUCUCUGUCCCUUGGGCCUGUUGCUUGCGAUUCCAUUUUGGUGGGCGAGGGGUGUUUUUUUGGGCGUGCCGUUUUCUCCCCUCUUGCUUCUCUCCUCCGGCUUCCAGGAAGGAAGAGAGAAGAAGGUUAGACGACGAACAAGGAGAAGAGACAGGAUUCCAGCAUCUCUGUAUCGGCUUCUUUCGUGCUCCUGCGCGAGAAUAUUUUCUGGGUUUUCUUUGGGUGUUAGAGCUCUCUGAUAUUUGAUUGGGUGUUGGCCUUCUCCCCUUCAGAUUCUUUUAGAUCGGUCGGAGUUUCAUGCUCUCCCUUUGAUCGGUCUUCAACUCAAUCAAUUUACUCUGGUUUUCCUGAUUCUGUCCGCCUUCAUUUAUAUAACAUAUUUAGCCCCAAUGCAAGGGCAGAGGGGUGUAAUUGGCUCCUUGCCAGAGACUUUGGACUUCGACCAUGGAUCAGCUUCGGGUAAUCCCAUCAUGGACCAGCAACUUUGCUGGAACAACCUUAGAACUCCUUCAGAAGAGCGAUUGUCAAACUUCAUGCUGUCUCCAGUUCAGAUGAAUACAUAUGCAAAUCCAAUUGACCAUGAACGCCAGAACUUGAAUCGGUGGAGCCUAGGCGAACCGAGUUCUGGCAGUGCAAGAACAGACAGAAGUCGAGAUAAGCAGAAGAUGGAACAUGGAUCGUCAUCUUCUUCAGCAGCAGCAGCAGCAAGCAUGUCUGCUGAUCCUAGCUCAAGGUUAGAAGAAAGGCGUCAUGAACCAACCCAUAUGCUUUCAUUGAAUAGUGUUGAUGUGAAUGCCCAGUUUGUCCACAGCUCCAAUGCCAAUGGAUUUCCCCAGAAUCUGAACUUGAAUGCAGGGUUGGUGGGCCAGGGUGAUGAUUCUAUGGGAGGGCACAAUAUGAUAUACAAGUCUAGUGGUGCAGAACAUGCUGUUAGUGGUAGUGAAGAUUUCCUUCUCCCUUCCGGAAGUGGAGGAUACCUGAGGGAAGAUGAUGGCAGACCCGGUUGUUCAUUAGAUGGGCGCCGUCAAUCAUGUAAAAGAAAAGCAGUGGAAGGACAUGGGCAGUCCUCUAUGAGUGGUGGUUCUAGUUUGUUUCAGCAUCCAGAGGGUAGUGGUGCAUGGCCAGGUGUUCCUCCCCGGCAGGUCAGCAGCAGUUUGAGUAUAUCAGCUGCUGCACCACCUGAGCAGCAUGUACACCCCAGACUUGUAUUAGGUAUGAGAGGUCUAGGUACUGAAGGUCUUGCUGAUCCCAUGCCAUCUGGCGGAAGCUCACGACAGAGAAAUUUUCGAUUGAGGAUAAAUCCCUCGCAUCAAGAAUCUGUUCCCUCUUCAUUGUUUUCUUCUGGAGGUAUUGUUAGGCAUCACUCGUCCAGACAUAAUAUUCCAGUUGAGAAUUCUUUGGAAUUUAGGUCUUCUCCGUCUGCUGCCGAGGCUCCAAUUUCUCAAGUUCAGCCAGCUGUUAUUCCGGUCACGGCUUUGCCACACAAUGUGCCGCCAUUUAGGUGGAGUGAAACUUCUGGCUCGAGACCUGGUAGCUCAUCAGGUGGUCCUAUUGAUUUGAGCGAUAGAGAGGAGGGAAGCUCAAGAAACACUGCUAGGCAAUUAUGGGAACAUCCUAUGUUUGUACCUGCAACAGAGCCGAGAACUUCUGCUAGAAAUCAGGGGAACAGGAACAACAUAGCUGGUGGAAAUAUUAGUGUUCCUAGUAGCAAUUUUGCUUCUUCUGCUGCAUCCCGGAGUGGUGGAUCGAGUUCAGGUGUUCAUUUGUCCGCUCCAACUUGGGUACCUCAUCAAAAUUCUUCUAGAAACUCUAGACGAUUGGCAGAGUAUGUUCGGAGGUCAUUGUUCUCUUCUGAUGCAGCUGGUGGUGAUCCUGGAACUCAGAGCAGUAAUAAUAAUAAUUCUUCUGCCGCAGCAGAGAUGGUUAUACCUGCUGGAACUAGUAGUAGCCAGGGGCAUCAUCAUCGACCGCAUCCAAGAUCAGCACCAUGGCUUGACAGACUGGGUGGUGAUGGUGUCCUUAGAAUCCCUUACCCCUUGCGAACUUUUAGUGCCUCUGGGGAAGGUCGCAGCAGGCUUGUUUCCGAGCAGAUACGCAAUGUCUUGGAUCUCAUGCGGAGGGGAGAGGGCUUGCGAUUCGAGGAUGUUAUGAUCCUUGAUCAGUCAGUAAUGUUUGGCGUGGCUGAUAUCCACGAUAGGCACAGGGACAUGCGGCUUGAUGUUGAUAACAUGUCAUACGAGGAGUUACUUGCACUGGAAGAGCAGAUUGGCAGUGUCAAUACCGGAUUAAGCGAAGAGGCCAUAGUAGAUCGGCUUAAACAGCGGAAAUAUUCAGCUGCAGUAGAGAGCACCACUGAGGGAGAAACAGAACCGUGCUGCGUUUGCCAGGAGGAGUACAAUAAUGGCGAGGAGAUCGGAACCCUCGAUUGUGGUCACGAUUUCCACACAGGUUGCGUCAAGCAGUGGCUAAUGCUCAAGAACUGGUGCCCCAUCUGUAAAACAACAGGGCUUGCCCCGCAUAAAUAAGGUACGUCCCCACAGGAAACAAAGAAAACAGAUAAGAGGUCAGCAAUGGCGCCCCGGUGAAAAGAAAAGAUCCGAACUUCAUAACAUGGCUGGAAUCAGGAUGCAGAAAAGAACCUUUCUUUGGCAUCUAACAGCUCGUUUGGUUCUCGAUUGAUUGUCCAUGGGGUUAGGCACAUUGCAGACUCAGUAGUCUUACUCUCGUAGGCAAGGAGGGGAAGCUUUAAUGCAUUUAUUUUCUCUUCUCUCUCUCUCUCUCUCUAUUAUAUUUUUUCUUUUGUAUCUUUUAUCGUUUAAAAAGAUGGGGGUGAAAGGGGAGUCAGAUUCCAGAUAGUUGGAUGGAUGAGAGCAGCAGCAGCCAGCAGCUUGUAAAAGGAAAUGUGAAUCCAACAAGCUGCUUUUGGAUUUAUUCUUAAAUUGGAUGGGCUUAUGGAUGGAUGACUAUAUUUAGUUUUAAUUUAUGAAAUUUCUAUUGGAACAGAUCAUUCAUUAUUGAUUCCUGUCGUCAUUUUACUGUUUCCAAUAGAUCUGUGUAUAUUUGCUUUGUUUAGGGUUAGAUAUGGGUGUCGGGCUUUCCAUCCUUGUUUGACGCAUUUUGGGUCAGUGUUGGUGGUCUCCUUUUGCCUUGUUUACAUAGGGAUAAAACUGGAAUUUAGAUGACGAAAUUUGUUUGGACUAUAUGUUGUUGCUGGUGUAGGGUUAGGGGCAUUGGAGCGAGUCAAACUGUUUUGAAAGGCAUCAAACCGCGGACCACACUAAUAAGUUAGCGGCUUGAGUUGUGGUUUGCCUUUGAAGAGAUUUGUGGUUUCGUGG